AUGAUCCGAUUCAUAUUACUGCAGAACAGACAAGGGAAGACUCGUCUUGCCAAGUACUACGUUCCUCUCGAGGAAUCAGAGAAACACAAGGUCGAAUACGAGGUCCAUAGGUUAGUGGUGAAUCGCGACGCCAAAUUCACCAACUUCGUUGAGUUUAGAACACAUAAGGUGAUAUACAGGCGCUACGCUGGAUUGUUCUUCUCCGUGUGCGUCGAUAUAACGGACAACGAGUUAGCUUACCUCGAGAGUAUCCAUCUGUUUGUGGAGAUAUUGGAUCAUUUCUUCAGCAAUGUCUGUGAGCUUGAUUUGGUGUUUAAUUUCCACAAGGUGUACUUGAUUCUCGAUGAGUUUAUUCUUGCUGGGGAGCUUCAAGAAACAAGCAAAAGGGCGAUCAUUGAAAGGAUGUCAGAACUCGAGAAGCUAGAGUGA